GUAUCAGAGUGGGUUGCUUUAUGGACUCCUCCUGAAACAAACUUUUAUAAUCUACCUUAUCCUGGACAGAUAAUCGUUGGAAAAUCUUUUAAGUCUCCACUUUUUCCAGACAAAAUCUUAUUUCAACACUUUGUCCCGUACCAUAUAUCAACUGAUCCACGGUCCCCAUCAAAAAAACAAAACAUGUUUGUAGCAUGUACUGGUU